AUGCACUGUUCUGAAGGUCCGUGGCUUCCCGCAGACUUCGGCAAGAAACAGAUUUUCUUCUUCCGGGAAGAAGGCGUUCAACAUCCAGACGUUCGCCGACCGCUCUUUGCGCUGGACUUUACACAUCUACCGACAACGGUUGACGACGAUGAUAAUCUGUUCUCGGUCCACUCGAAUCCCACCAUCCUGUCUCUGGGCAUCCUGCUACUCGAGAUCAACGACGGGAUCAAGAUAGAGGACCAUUGGGCUCCAGGAGACCUCAUGGAUGGCUCGAUACCGAAUGAAAGUACAAACUUGACGACAGCACUUCGUCUACUGGAGAAACUCGACGAUGAGCUGUGGAUAGGAUCACAGGACGCGGUAAGGGCGUGUCUCGAGUGGGAUGAAGUGAAUGACGGAAGGGAGGAUGAGGACUUCGUGAAGCGAGUAUAUGAGCUCAUCGUUGAACCACUAGAGGAUGUGUUGCGGCAAGCCUGGGGUGUCACACCAGAGCAGCUAGGAUUCGAUAGGAUACACAAGCGUCAACAGGCUGGUUCGGGGGGCACAUAA